CUCCCCCCCUCCCAGACCAUCCUUCCUCUUCCUUUGCUUCGCCCUCGCCUCUUCGCUUUGCCUCCCGCCCCGAGCCCAGUUCUCCCUGCUUCCUCUCCCCAUCGCCCUCUCCCAACCCGACUCCAUACACCAUGGCCGACGUUCUCCCCCUCUAUCGCAAGGUCCUGGAGGCCGUGAUCGUUGCCAGCCGCAAUGACAUUGGCCACGAGGUCCCCGAUGAGGGCACUUGGCGCCGGCUCCAUGAGCUCUGGAGCCACAAAUUGGACCAGGCCAUGAUCAACCCCCAUAUUGUGGCGUCCUCCCAUGACCAUGGUGAUGACGCCGGGACCGGGCCCUCUGAGGCACACUACCUGCACCACCAGGUGCCGCACCCCCUCAACUCGAAUAUCCCCCAGAACGAUGGUGACGCUGCCAUCGCCGAGCUGGUCCUGGCUUCUCAGACCGGCCCGGAAGCCACCACAGCCAUUGUCCCGGCUCCCAGCCGGAAGGCCACGAUCAGCCUCGAGCCGGGGAAGGAUCUGGUCACUCAGAUUGAGGACUUCCUCACGGAGAAGCUGCAGCAGGUGGACGGUGACGCGGACACUGCGGCCGAUCCUUCCGGUGGCGACUUCUAUGAUGAUGAGGACUCGGACGCCGACGACUCCGAUGAGGAUUUCCCCGCCGGGUCACACGUUCAUACGCUGGUUUGUCUGUAUGAUCGGGUCAACCACACGAAGGGGCGCUGGCGGGUGUCGCUCAACUGCUGCGUCAUGAGCGCUCCCGGGGAGCCGGACUCCGUCUGGGGGCGCAUCUCGGGAGAGCUCAAGUGGUAGGAGGUUAUCAUCCCUCUCUGUGUCCCUCCUCCUCCUCCCCGCCCUCUCCCCUCUCUCUCUCUCUCUCUC